AGAGCCGCUCGUUUUAAUUUUUUUUUUAAAAAUUAUAAUUUGUGAAGAUUUUAAAUUUGCCGUUAACUUCACUUUAUUUAUAAGCUUUGACGCAAACUCUUGGUCACGUGACCGGGUACAACUUGCCCAACUUGGUUUCAGAAACCCGGAAGCGAUUCGCGUUGUUGCCACAAGGUUGUCGCUGACGAAGUGUGGUCGUUAUUUACUGACCAUUGGACGAUAUUUAUGUUAUUUACAAGUUGAUCAUGUCGUGGGGAGGUAGUAAUCCGUCUUAUAAUCCCCAGUAUCAGGGUGCUGUUCCGCCAGGUGGUGGAUACCAGCAACAGGGUUAUGGAGCAGCUCCUUCUCAGCAACAAUAUGGUGGUGCACCUCAACAGGCGUAUGGAGCCCCACCACCUCAGUAUAGACCACCUGCUCAGCAAGGAUAUGGUGCACCUGCACAUCAAGCCUACGGUGGUGCCGCACCCCCACAACAAGCAUAUGGUGCACCUCAGGGUUAUGGUGCCCCUCCCCCUCAACAAGGAUAUGGAGGGUAUCCUCCAGGUUCAGGAUUUAGUGGUGGUGGUGGUUUUGGAGGGGCACCUCAGCCUCCUCCAGGUGUAGAUCCAUCGUUGUGGUCCAUGUUUCAGGUUGUAGAUCAAGAUAAAAAUGGUAGAAUAACUUCAGAUGAGCUACGACUAGCGUUACUAAACGGUAACUGGUCACCGUUCAAUCCAGAGACAUGUAGAUUAAUGAUUGGCAUGUUUGACAAAAAUAAAGAUGGUACUAUUGAUAUUCAUGAAUUUGCUGCUUUAUGGAAAUAUAUACAGCAAUGGAAAGAAUGUUUUGAUAAGUUUGAUUUGGAUAGGUCUGGUAAUAUUGACGCCAAUGAACUCAACAAUGCUUUCAGAACAUUUGGGUAUACAUUGUCAAUGGACUUUUGUAGACUGAUCGUUACAAAGUUUGACCGAGCCAGUAGCAGUACAAUAAAUUUUGAUGAUUUUAUACAGUGUUGUGUAAUGUUGAAAUCAUUGACGGAAGCAUUUAGAGUCAAGGACACCCAGCAAUCUGGUUGGAUUACAGUCACCUAUGAACAGUUUCUUGAAAUGAUUCUGGAGAAUACAACGUCUUUGUAACUUUUUAUAACAACAUACUGCAAUUUACAACACAAGAUGAGCUGUCUGUUUUAUGAGAGGGUACUGGCGAAGCAGUCUUCGACUUAUGUCAUGAACUCAUCAGAUCAGAAACAUACGGAUGGCUCACUCUGAAUGUGAC